CUCACUUACCAGUGCACAGCCAAACACAGCUGCUCAACAUGAAGCUGGUCGUGGUCCUCAUGCUGGCUGCCCUCCCUCUUUACUGCUAUGCAGGUUCUGGCUGCCAAUUGCUGGAAGAUUUGGUGGGAAAGACACUUGAUUCCUCUGUGUCUACAGAUGACUACAGAGAAGUUCUGAAAGAUUACAUCAAUACACCACUGGACGAACUAGCCGUAAAUGAACUCAAAGAGUGUUUUCUCAGCCAGUCCAAUGAGACACUGGCCAAUGUUGGGGUGAUGAUGGAAUCCAUUUACAAUAGUGCCUGGUGUAAGCUCUUUUAAUUUCCUGCAAGAUGGCUGACCCAGAGAACAACACACUGUGUUUGGAAAAUGCUGAUGCUAUGAC